GACAACACAUCAUGCUCAUCGUGAAUUCUCGAAUCGCCCUUAUUAAUCUUGAAGUACACAGCUAAUGGAGCCCAACAUUGAGACAGUCCAUCUGCUGUCCUCUCCUUCCUCCUCCUCCUCCCAUUACCACAGGGUGCGGGCCGCUCUCGCCUUCGCCGCACCCCGACGACUGCUCCUCUGACGUUCUUCGCCCCCACACGAGCACACGCUGUCCCAUCCACUCGCACACUCUCAGGACACCGCAUCCCCAUGGUCAAUCGGCGUUCAUAUGAUGAGGGAACAAGGGAUUCAACAUGUAUCACCACAACUACUUGGAGACGUUGACCUCGUACGAGCGUUUGGCUUCGCCAGCCUCACUCUCCUCCUUUGGGAGCACCUGAUUACCUUGCCAGACGAGAUCCAGCUCAUCUGGCCCUCUCGGUGGACGUCAGUCAAGGUCCUCUUUCUUAUAAGCCGAUACGGCAACCUAGUCGUCCAAGCAGUCAUUGUCGCCGAGCAGACAGGUGCCGUGUUCCAUCCGACGCCAUCGUUUUGUUUUGCCUUCGUGCUCUUCCGUGCCUUGUACCAGUGGCUCGCCUUCUCGGUCAUUCAUGUACUCAUACUCAUUCGGGCCUGGGCCAUCCGGCAACGCUCGCGCAACGCCACCAUCACACUCAUCACAAUAUUUGUACUCUACACAUUCUGCUCCGUCGCUUUCGAAAUCGUCAAUAUGCUUUCAAGUUCUUACCAAGCCGAGAUUACAGACGGGAUGUGCACGCGCAUACUACCUAGUCCAUCCUGGGUGAUAUGGAUAGUCGGGCUCAUGCUCGAAGUCGCAGUCCUCGUCCUUAAUCUGACCAGUCUGCAUGGUCAAUUCCCCAGUCAAUACAAACCACUGUCACCUUUUGUUCAGGCCUUGUACCGCGAUUCAAUUUUAUUCUUUGUGGGUGUUUUGGCGGGCACCUUCUUCAACCUUAGUUCUUGGGUUAUAUAUAACGCACGGCCGCGGAACUACAUGUCAGAUCUCAUCUCAACAGCCGUGGUCAGCAUCGCAGGCCAGCGGCUCUCGCUCAGCAUGCGCAAGAUGAAUCUGCGGAUGACUGAGCUCACCGCGAGCCAGAUGAGCAAGAUCAUCGACCAGCAGAUCAACGCCAUACCAGGGCUGCGCGGCGGUGGACUUGUCAUGGAAGAUGAGUCUACCUUGGAUGUGGAGAAUACCCCAAGGUUACCCUCGGAGACCGAGAUCUGCGAGCCCAGUGGCAGCAACAUACCAGACGUGUAGGACCAAUACUCGAGAUGGCACGCCUUUCAUACCCGAGUUUGCGGCUGCAGCCCUGUACGCAUAUACCGUUCGGUGCUCUUGUACCGCGCUGGAAACGCAUGCAUGCAGCACACGAUACGCACAACACGGUGCUCGCAUCUCUUGGCAUUAAUUUGUGGAACAGCCUCCAUUGUAACACGACUCACACGACGCAUAUCCCCAGGACUCUCAUGGUUCAUUACCAGUACUGUACAUUAUGGCAAUCUUGUAAUCUUACAUCACACGAUACGAGUACAGCCUCCAUCAUCAC